CGCCACCAGCCCUAGCUCACCUCUGGUCCAGGGGACAUGACGGGCAUGUCUGGCGCCGCUGCCGCCCGGGAUGGAGAGGCCCCCGAGCACUCCCCGCCUUGCAGUCCGAGCUACGAUGUCACGGGCAAGGUGAUGCUUCUGGGAGACUCAGGCGUUGGCAAAACCUGUUUCCUGAUCCAAUUCAAAGACGGGGCCUUCCUGUCCGGGACCUUCAUAGCCACGGUCGGCAUAGACUUCAGGAACAAGGUGGUGACUGUGGACGGUGUGAGGGUGAAGCUGCAGAUCUGGGAUACAGCCGGGCAGGAGCGAUUCCGCAGCGUCACCCAUGCUUAUUACCGAGAUGCCCAGGCCUUACUCCUGCUAUACGACAUCACCAACAAGUCUUCUUUCGACAACAUCCGGGCCUGGCUCACUGAGAUUCAUGAGUAUGCCCAGAGGGAUGUAGUGAUCAUGCUGCUGGGCAACAAGGCGGAUAUGAGCAGUGAAAGGGUGAUCCGUUCGGAGGAUGGAGAGACACUGGCCAGGGAGUACGGAGUUCCCUUCAUGGAGACCAGCGCCAAGACGGGCAUGAAUGUGGAGUUAGCCUUUCUGGCCAUUGCCAAGGAGCUGAAGUACAGAGCCUUGUGGCAGCCUGGUGGGCCCCAUUUCCAGAUCCGAGACUUUGUGGAGUCCCAGAAGAAACAGCCCAGCUGCUGCUCCUUCUUAUGAAGCCCAAGGUGCUGAAAGGAGGCUCCAGAGGCCCCUGCGGAUGCAGCCUUCUCCCCCAGAUCUGGUUUAUUCUGAGCGGAUGGAAGUUGGGGGACCCAGGGCAGAGCCCCUUCCCAAGAGAGAGCUGUACUCCCACCCUUACCCUAGUUCCCGUAGCUUCCCUGCAUCCUGGGGGAGGGAAAAGUAUUUAUUUCAUUUUAAUGAUACAUAAUGUAAUACAAAAAAGGAGGGGUGGGGACCAGAAAACCAAGAGAGGGACCUGGUUGUCCUUUUGCCUUCUGGUACUAGGACUUAAAUGGGGCCAAGGCUCCCUCCUCGCCUUGACAAGUGUGGUAUUCUCCAGCUCAGCACCAGAGGGCAGUGAUGCACUUCUGCAGCGGGAGGGCAGGAAGCGACCCCAAGCCACCCUCACUCAGCUGGAGAGGUGAAGCAGACCCCAGCUUUACUUCCUCCAGCUCCCAGGGAACAGUCUUCCCCAGUAAGAUGGGCCCUUGUGCUGGGAGCCAGACCAAGGCUCAGGGAAGUGACCAAGCUCUGUGGGUAGGGGAGAGAGGAGUAACACAGACUAGGUCUAUGUUUGGCUCCCUCUGGCCUUCCUAGCCCCCCUGUGGGAGGUGUACCCCUUUUUCUCCAGCCCGCAGACUGAAAACAUUUGGCUCCUGUUCUCUGGACCUCAGGUCCCAGGGGAACCCUCCCCCCCUUCCCCCCCCCCAAAUCCCUGGUCUUCUCUACCUUUUUGCUUGUGCCCCGAGACACCUAACGUCAUGGCUAAGGAAAGGUUUUUCUUCUGUCCCAACACUUUGGCAGAUAUGCAGCCCCACAGGCUACUUCAAGCAGCUACAGUGCUUCUACCGAGUUAAGAAUCAGAUCAGGAGGAACCUUUGACUGUUGGAGCAGGUGGGAGGCAGAACUAAGCAAACCUCACCCCACGCAUAUUCCCCCAAACCCAAGCACUGCCCCUUCCUGACCACCCAUGCCUUUUCCCUUUAGACAGACACCACCCCGGCCAAAACUGCUCUAUGUCCCCUCCCACUGAGCCAGGUUAGAGAGUGAGAGGUCACCCAUUUCUGGGUAAACCAACACAGUGUGUGUAAAACAAAGUCAUGUGGGUAAGACCGGGGUAAGGAAAAAGGCAGCAAGGAGUUUAUGUGGGGCCAAGGUCACCUGUCUCACAAAACCCUGACCCUGGAAAUUGGAGGUGAACAGGAGACCUGUGGGUCAUGACCUAGAGAGAGUAAGAAGUACACACCGCACAUUUCUAAGGCUACUGCAUUUGUUUUCAAGGCAGAAAUCUUGCUCUCUGAGCAGAGUCAGCAGCUCCAACUUGGGCCUGAUAAGGAAGCUCUCUGAGGCUUCUCCCAGGAGGAGCAGGGAGGCCUGACCUUGCUGGGCUCCUCUGGGGCCCAAGGCAGGUCGCAGGCAAUCUAGUCACAUGGGCUGCUCUGGGCCUCUAGCAUUUGUGUUUUCAGAAUUAAAUUGCAGAAUUGGGAAAGUACACCCUGUCCACUGCUUCUUUGAGGUGCGCAUGGAGAGGGGACAGGGGAGAUCAUGUUGAUUGUUAUUGCAUGUUUGGGGGAACUGUCAUUGACUGCCCCAAUCAUUUGAUCUUCAUCCUUCAAUGCCCCCCAACUGCUCACCUCACCCUUAAAAGACCCUUCCCCAACUUCUGUGAUCAGCCUUUCAUCUGCAAGGAGCUGAAAGGUUUGUCUUAACGGCCCAUUCGGACUUUUUUUUUUCCUAUUGAAAAAAGCCGGGGCUCCUUUCCCUCUGCCUUGUACUCAGAGAUUGGUUACCUGACUCUGUUCUGCCUCUCUUCCCCCACUUAACUGGCCAAACGCUGACGCCAGUGCUCACACCCUUGUCCUAGGUGACCUGUCUUCAGUGGGCAGCCCUGGGAAGCCUGGGCUCCCUGCUGAGCCCUCAUACUGUCCCAGCGAGGUUGAGAGCCCGCACCCUGUAAGCGUGUCCUCGGACAACGCAAAGCCCAUGAACGGGAAAUAUCGUUAUUCAAGCAACUUUAUUGGGCCGGAGGUGGACCUAGUCUUACUCGUAAGACUUCUGGGACCCCGCAGCCCCGGAGCUGGAGCGGUUUCCCCGGCAACAGUCGCUCCCCACCCCCUACCCUCCCAACCCCUCACUGUGGUACACACAAGGAUUUAGCGAAAGGUCGUUAAAACGUUAGAGUCCUUUAUUCGUGGGUUGGCUCUCCUCAAUCCCCGCCAAAGGUCGGGAAAACCAGAAGCCUAAGGGCCCCUCUGCCCAGUACUGGGAACGCGCCCCGCCCCCCGCCUCAACUUGGGCCGCUUGGUAACAAACACUUCCACUUCCUGAGCCCUCUUUCUUCUCGCGCCGCGGGGCGUCGCGCCGAGCACAGGACCCCGCCCCCGCGCGUUCCCAUUGGCCGGCGUCGUU